CUUUGCCUUGGUAUGUGACAGAUUUGGUGUGCCUGACAGAGUAGCAUCAGCAUUGGGAACCGCUCUUUUGCAAGAUUUUAAAAUUAAAUAUAAGCAUGGGAAACCUCUCAUCAUGGAUAAAUCGAAAGUUCGCAGAGAAAAAGAAAAAUGCCGACAAGAAGUGCUUCGCAAACGGUUAGAUGAUACCAAUUUGUUAGCGUUUUCAUUCGAUGGCAUAUAAGAUGAUACUUUAACGAUAGAUAAAAUUGAUGAGAAGUAUCAUACUACGAUGGUAAAAGAACCUCAUCUUGUUAUUUUGAGAGAACCCAAUUCUGAAUUGAUUGGUUACGUAAGACUGGAACAUGAAACCGCUGAAUACAAAAGAACCAAAUUAAAUGGUUUUUUCAACGAUAAAAAUAUAUCACUGGAUACAUUAAUUGGAAUAUGCACUGACGGUGAGCCAACAAACACUGGCCCACACGGUGGAAUUAUACGACGAUUCGAAUUGCUGUUAAAAAACCAUUGCAUUGGUUUGUUUGCCUUCUACACUUCAACGAACUUCCGUUUCGGCAUUUGUUUGAAGCUUUGGAUAAAUCAACCAGCACUGGACCAAGAUCGGCGACCGGAAAACUGAGCCGUCAAAUCGAAACUUGUGAAACUCUUCCGGUGGUGGACGGCUUCCAGAAAAUUGAGUUGCAAAAUAUGCCCCCUGCUCCAGAAAAAAAAGAAUUUUCCACCGAUUCGAAGUACUUAUACGACAUGGCCCAUGCAAUUUCUAGCGGCGUGGUUCCGGUGGAUCUGGCUAACAUCAAACCAGGGAAAAUUGUACAUUCUCGGUGGCUCACCAAGGCCGCUGGAUUAUUGCGAUUAUAUGUGACAACGGAAAAUCCAGAUGCAAAUUUAAGAAUUCUGGUUGAAUUUAUAAUUAGAUGUUAUGUGCCAAUGUACUUCAAUAUCAAGUAUUACAGCUCUGUCAUGUACGGCAGUGCAUUAUUUUUCAUGUUCAUUGGUUGGUCACGAUUUCUAGAACCACGUUUACGCAAAAUUGUCAAUCAAGUAAUCAAAGAUAAUUCAUAUUAUGCGCAUUCGGAAAACAUCUUGUUAUCAAUGUUGUUUGAUGAUAAGAAAGAAAAGCGCGACUGUGCCAUCAAGAAAAUUCUACGCUAUCGAACCGAUGUUGACGAGCCAAUGGAACUUAGAGUUUAUAAAAAACCAGAUAUAAACUUUAAUUGCACAAGUUAUACGGAAAUGAUCAAUUUGAAUGAUAUAAAUAUCGUAUUUGAACCACCAUUCACGCGAAGCAUUCCGUACGAUACAUUGAAAGAAUAUUUAAAUCAAGAUGAUCCAACGUUUAAUGAUCCAAAAAUUCCAUCACACAUACAAGGAACGGAACGACAUGUUCAAUUGCUAGCUAGCGUUUCCAAACGGGUUAUACCGGAAAAUGUAGAGGCUGUUAUGGCGACGACAUUAGAGAGCCGUGCGAAAUUGCCCAGACUUGAAAGUAAAAAAGACUUCAAACAAUAAUUUUUU